AUGGGUUCCAAGGUACAUGUGUGCGCAGCAUAUUUGGUGUUACUGUUUGCCUUUACCAGCGGAGCUCAGCCCAAUACCUUUGAUGUCACAAGAUAUGGUGCGAAGGAGGGGUCGGAUAUCACUAAGGCUUUACUGAGUGCGUGGAAGGGGGCUUGUGGAGCAGCGGGUUCCGGCAAAGUCGUGAUACCAAAAGGGAAGUACUCAUUAGGCGUGGUGGAUUUGCUAGGCCCUUGCAAGGGUGCCAUGCAUCUUCAAGUGGAAGGAACGUUGGUGGCGCCAGCAAAAGCUAGCCAGCACCGCAAGAAUAGCUGGGUUACAUUGAGAUACCUGGACCGAUUAACGGUAUCCGGUGGUGGGGCCUUCGACGGACAAGGAGAAAUUGCUUGGCAGCGGGAGAGCUGUGGCGGCGGAUGCAAGAAAGCACUUCCAGUUAUAGCAAGCAGUUCCACGUCAAUCUCCUCGGCAACAAAAACCUUACCGGGGCAUAGUCCCAACACGGAUGGAAUUCACAUUGGACGGUCGGAGGAGAUCAACAUUAUUAAUUCAAACAUUAUCACCGGUGAUGAUUGCAUCUCCAUUGGCCGGGGGAGCAGGCAAGUACGAAUCACAAACGUAAGGUGCGGACACGGGCAUGGCAUUAGUAUUGGAAGUUUAGGAAAGUACGAGAAGGAAGAACCUGUGUCUGGAAUUUAUGUGAAGAAUUGCACAAUAUACGACACCGACAAUGGCGUGAGAAUUAAGACUUGGCCCGCAUUACAAUGUGGCAGUGUGUCGAAUAUCCAUUUCGAGGAUAUCGUCAUGCAAAACGUCAACAAUCCCAUCACUAUAGAUCAAAUGUACUGCCCGCAUAACGAAUGCAAUCGCAAGAUGCCAUCAAAAGUUAAAAUAAGCGACGUCAUCUUCAAGAAUAUUCGAGUGUAA